CACAUACAUAUACCAUAUAGAUAAGUAUAGUUAGCUAGGAUGUCGUCUUUUAUCUCGCGCCUUCUCAAGUCUCCACUCGCUUCAAAGCGUCUCGUAUCGCAGCUCACGCAACGCGGCGAACGGAAGCUGGGGGCGCUACUGCGUGAGCUCGGCUUGCAGCGUGUGCUAGGAGCUCUUAGAAUCAAGGAGUUCGUGGGCGUGGCUAAUCGUGGCAUUGCCACUACGCCAGUCAGUAACAAGCAGCUGACGGAUGACCUGGAGCUGGCCACGGGCAUCUUUAAGCGGGAACUGAUGCUACGUAAGGCCGGCUGCACCGAUCCGUGGUCUAUGAAGAAGCCUAUGAAGCGCGGCGCCGGCAGGGAGAACGAUCCCACGGAGGUGCCAUCCGCCUUCGAUGGCCGCAUUGUCGGCUGCAUCUGCCUUGGAGAUCGCUCAGCGAAGUGGAUGUGGCUGGAGAAGGGCGCUCCCAAGCGCUGCGAGUGUGGACAUUAUUUUGUGCUCAAGAAUGUGCCCGCUGUUUGAAACAUUAUUUAUUUGUUUAUCACGAAUAAUCUAAAUGGGGCGCUGUAUCUACUCACACACGCGGAUCUGCUCAUAUGUAUCUGCACACACACACACAAUAACGUCCAUGGACACACCUCCACAUGCUUGCACUGGGACACCUUGACAUACACAUUCCAAUACUAGAACAAUUAGAAAUAUUGAACUGAUCUACUAAAACCCAAACUCGAAAGGUAUUCAUAGAACAUUGCAUGAUAUUAUCAGAAAUU